AUUUGAACAUCUGAUAUAAGAAGAAGUUAUCUGAGCAUCAACUCUACAUUUUAAAGCGAUCUUUUGACGUUUUGUGACUUGAGCAGAGAAACCGAUCAAGUUAUCGUUAAGUUGUAAAAGAGCUGGAAACUCCGUCCGCUAAGAAGAAGUUAUCUGAGCAUCAACUCUACAUUUCAAAGCGAUCUUUCGACGUUUUGCGACUUAAGCAGAGAAACUGAUCAUCGUUCAGUUGUAAAACAGCUGGAAACUCCGUCCGCUAAGUUUACAUCAAAAAUGGGAGGAACUUCUUCUCUGGAGCGUUUGGCACCAGAGGAUAGAGGCAACUACCUGCUGCCUGAAGGGGAAAACAUCUCUUUUCCUGGCCCUCUGAUAAGUCAGACCCAGAAGGAGGAUGUGAUGCAUUUUAUCCAGAGAAAAUCCCAGGAGUGCCUACAGCAUGUGGAGGAACCCAACCAAAAGGAAGCUUAUUUCUUCUGGAAGCUUAGGGAGCUGCGUUGCAACCAAAAUGGAAACACACUGCUGGCUGAAGUCGCUGUGCUCCUGUUUAAGAACUACAGACUUCUGAAGAAACUGUUUGGCUUUUUCGACCAAGCCUUUGAGUACUGCAAGACCAUCGCUACAGCAAUUGCUUCCUUUUCACAAGAAAUCUCCAAAAAGACAACAGAACUGACCAUUGUGCUGUCAGAGACGCUACACCAAGGGAUAGUAAAAGAACCAGAUUGGCUGCAAAGUCCUCGUCAACUGUACGCAGAUGAAGAGAUUAUACUGAUGACACCAAAAGGUAGCCUAAUGACUAGUGCGGUGAUAACUCUCCAGCAUCCACAUGAGGAAUGCCACGUUACACCAUGGGAGGUGUUUGAGUCCCAGUACACUACUGGAGAGCUGCUGGGUAAAGGAGGCUACGGGAGUGUCCGUGCAGGAGUCCGUAAGGCAGACGGUAAACAGGUUGCCAUUAAACAUGUGGGCAAGACGACGAAUGACGUUUUCAUCACCUUUCCUGGAGAGACACAAAGCCUUCCUCUGGAGGUUGCACUGAUGGAAAUGGUGUCCAAGCCAUCUCGAUGUGAGAAAGUGUUGGAGCUGUUUGAGUGGUUCAACAUGUCAGACAGCUACAUCUUGGUUUUGGAAAGACCCAGCCCCUGCACAGACCUCCGUCAGUUCCUGAAUGGUCACAAUUGUCGACUGUCAGAAACACUGGUGAAACAAAUCAUGCGUCAGUUGGUACAGGCUGCUCGCCAUUGCAAUGAGCAUGGUGUCCUGCACCGUGACAUCAAGGCAGAGAAUAUUCUCAUCAACACAGAAACGCUGGAGCUAAAGCUGAUAGACUUUGGCUGUGGGUGUUUGCUGCAGGACACCCCCUACAAAUGUUUUGCAGGAACUUGGGCGUACUGCCCACCUGAGUGGUUAUGUGAGGAACUAUAUUUGGGUGUUCCUGCUACCAUCUGGAGCCUGGGAGUUGUUCUGUUUGACAUGGUGUGUGGACACCUGCCCUUCAGUUGUGAGGAUGACAUCAUUGAUCGGAACAUGGUAUUCACUCCCGGCUUGUCUCGAGGUUGCCGUGAUCUGAUCUUGUGGUGUCUACACAGACAUCCUUACGUUCGUCCCACGUUCGAGGAAAUCCUCAGCCACGAAUGGUUUGAGGAACCUCAGAAGGAAGUCAAGGACCAGCUUCCUCUUCUGGAGAGCCAAAUUACACCAUGGGAGGUGUUUGAGUCACUGUACACUCCUGGAGAUAUGUUGGGUGAAGGAGGCUACGGGACAGUCUGUGCAGGAUAUCGUAAUGCGGAUGCUAAGCAGGUUGCGAUUAAAUACGUGAGAAAAAGUCCGGACAAUGACUUCAUCACCAUUUUUGGAGAGACACGCAGCCUUGAUUGGUUUGAGAUGUCCAACUGCUACAUCUCGGUCCUGGAGCGACCACGUCCCUGCACGGAUGUCCAGAAAUAACACCAGCGUUAUUAUUGAUUCCACAGUAGCACCAAAACAUCUCUCACUGACAAAGUCAGUUAAUGUUUUUUUUACAGACAGUAAAAUCUUAUAUGUCUAGUAUUUUAUUUAAGGAUAUGUAUUAUAUUUUUUUCUGUUUGACAUUCACAAUUAUGUAGAUAUUAAUUUUCAUUUUUCAUAAAUGUUACCAAAUAAAUUCACUUUCUUUAUGAACAUAAUCUACUUUUAUUACAAAUCACAUACACACAAAAAUUAAACUGUUUAUUUUGCCUACAAUA